AUGACCAAACCCCUCCGCCAAAUCGCCGCCGAGAAGCUCAUCGGCCCCAAUGCCAAUCCCUCCCAGCUUGGUGACCCGAUUUCACUAAAGACAGAGACGAAUAAUGCAACCUCUAACCCAAGGGGUGAGCCGGAGAACAAGCAAGACUUUUCCAAAACCGAGAGUAAAGUCCCAGAGUCGUCAGGUGGAAGCCAUGAGGAAAGGAUGUUGAGGGGAGAGGGGCCAAAGGGACAUCAUGUGAGCGGGAUGAUGACUGAUGAGAUUCGGCAAGGGAAGAGGGGAGCUCCGGGCAUGACUAUGGAGGGGGAUGCUACUAGUGUGAAGAGGGUGGAGGUUGUUGGGGAUGCGACGAAGGGUGGGAGGGGGAAGGGGUCGAAGUUGUGA